AUGGUACUUCUGUUCUCGCCUACUGAUGCUGACGAGUUGUCCGAAGUGACUACUGGCGACCUUAUCACGGUUCCGGAUGAGUUCCGUCAGCUUGGUGAAAUUCGAUUCCGUCCCUGCACGGCCGAUAAUCACCGCUUCAUCCGCUCAUCGCCGUUGUGUGUUAGCCGGCAGGCAUCGUACUAUCGCUUCAAGGAUGUGUAG